CGGCUUUCUGAAUCAACACUAAUCAGCUGAUCGUCUGUUGAAAAGCCCAACCUUGUUGCAGUUGACGAUUUGUCGGGUCAAAGCAGACAUUCUUGAAGAUUUAGUAUUACAGAAAUGGCUACGCUUCGAUGUUUCGCGAGAGUUUCACAGCUGUACAGGUAUGGAAUUGCAGGUGGAAUUACAGCAAGUAGCCUUCAGCCAAUGCCUCUGGCUAGAGUGGUACCUGUGCGGCUGAUGAGCGCUCUGAGCCCAGAAUUUGAGGAUGCCAAAGCUAGGUUGGGUACCCUAAAGGAGGAUCCAGGGAAUGAUGUGAAGCUGAAGAUUUAUGCUCUAUUCAAGCAGUCUACGACAGGAGCUGUUAACACCAAGCGUCCAGGGAUGAUGGACUUUGUGGGCCGUGCCAAGUGGGAUGCCUGGAACAGCCUUGGUAGUAUGAGUCAAGGAGAUGCUCAGAAAGCUUACAUAGACCUCAUUAAUUCCCUUCUGAAGGAAGAGGCUGCUGCUGAGCCAGAAACAAAAGCUGAUUCAGAUCAGAAAUACGAGAAUUUUAUAGUCACAUGUGAAGAUGGCCUACGAACAAUUACUCUCAAUCGUCCGAAGAAGAUGAAUGCCGUUACAAGGGAGAUGUACGACGAGUGGAUUGCAGCCUUGGACGAAGCCGCAGCAGAUCCCAAGACUGUCAUAACGGCAAUCACUGGUGCUGGGAAAUACUACUGCUCAGGAAAUGACCUUUCCAAUUUCACAAACAUCGACAUGUCGAAGAUGCAUCAGUUGUCAAAGGAUUCUGGAGUCAUUUUGGAGAGGUUUGUCUCAGCCUUCAUUGACUUCCCAAAACCACUUAUAGCCGUUGUGAAUGGCCCAGCAGUUGGUGUGUCUGUUACUAUCAUGGGGCUUUUUGAUGCAGUGUAUUCUACCGAUGCAGCAACUUUCAACACUCCAUUCAGUGCUCUGGGGCAGUCUCCAGAAGGCUGCUCUUCGUACAUUUUCCCGAAGUUGAUGGGAUUUGCCAAAGCAAGUGAAGUGCUCAUGUUCAACAAGAAGCUCACUGCACAUGAGGCUUGCGAACUUGGACUCGUGACCCAGGUGUUUCCUGAUGCUUCCUUCCAGCAGGAAAUAUGGCCCAAGAUCAAAGCUUAUACCAAGCUCCCUCCCAAGUCUCUUAUCUAUUCCAAGGCUCUCAUACGCGAUGUUGAACGUGAGACGCUUAAAAAGGUGAAUCGUGCCGAGUGUGACCGCCUGGUUGAACGAUGGACGUCGGAGGAUUGCAUGAACGCCAUCAUGAAUUUCUUUAACCGCAAGAAGUAGAUUCUUUGUGGGGAGGUAUGUUUAUUGUCCUGCCAUCUUCGGUUUUGAGAACUGGGCCAAAUCUGGAGUCUUGAUGUAGGAAUGUCCUCUGUCAGUAUGUAUUUACUGUAGUAGUACAGUAAAACAGAGUUGCAUUAACAUAUAUAUUAACAGUUUUGUAUUUGUAUUAACUCUUACAGCACAUAGUAAUUAAGCAUGCUUCGUUAUAUUAUUUGAAUAUGUAGAAAGACUCAAAUUAUUUUGAGUCUUUGGCUCGCACAGUAUUGCAAAAAUUUUGUCCUUUGAUUUAUUCAACAAUUUUUUGUUGUUGAUGUGCCUUUCCUGUUUAAAUUUUUCUUGAAAGUUAAAGUGGAGAUCUUUUUUCAAAUUUUGUCUAUUUUUGUUGAAAUUGCCAUAGAAGAAGCCAAUUGCAGAGGCAAAAGAUCAUCCGAAAAAUAUGGAUAAUUUUCAUUUUUAAAACCAUUGCCUGAUCAAACUAAGGUGGAAGGUAAUGUGUAUUACUAUUGUACUAAAAAUAUGUUAUUCAUUGAUACUAUGCCUAAGAAAGACGUAUAGAUAUCAGUACAAAUAUUUGUAUAUAGAUAUAGACAGCCCUUAGAGCAGUGAUCUGUUUAAACCUUUUAAAUAUAUUAGAUUAUAUGAUAUAUGUAAGAAGAGAAGAACUAAUGAGAUUGUUAAUGUCUUUUGCUUUUUAACUUACCUUCUAACUAUAUGGAAUUGAGGUGCCGUAAUCAGCAGCUUGGUAAACUAGUUUAUAAUCAGUCUUCGACACAAAUUGCUCUUGUACAGAGGAGAUUUAUAGUAGCUUUUAUAAAAAUUUAUUCACAGAUUACUGUAGAAUAAAUAAAAUUGUGAAGGAUUUUUGUAGUUGAAAGUUGAGUCUUAUAUUAAGGUAAACCCAAGAUGACAAAUUUUUGAAUGGUGCUACAUGAUCAUUAUGUAUUCGUAAAUAAAUGCAUAGAUGGAAUUUAUCUUGAUAUGAAUAUUUCAAUUUUAACAGAGGCAGUGUCACCCAGGUCUGUUUUCUGACACCUUUUGACACCUUGCCAGUUAGCAGUGCAUCAAUUAGCCUGUAUAUUUUUUUUUAUAUAAAAAUUGAAGAGAAAACUUUUUAUCAGUCAAGCAAGAACAUAAUGAACUUCAAUUUUGUCACCAGUAUUUGCUACUUUGUACAAACUUAGCAGCAAGAUGCCCACUGAUGUCAGAAAUAUUCAGUUGUGACACCACUACAAGGUUUAUAAUGCAUUAUUGUAAUCGUGCAUGUCUCUCUUAGUAGUUAAGUUACUUUUAUUUCUUUGUAAUUCAUAGUCAGACAGUCUUAUUGUAAUUUGCCCUAGAAAACAUCUGUUAUAAAGUAGUGUAGACCUUUCUCAUCAUAUAAGAAAGAGGUUUCAUGAAAGUGAAGAUUUUACAUCUCAUAUUGUUGGUUAGUUAAAAGAGUUCACUAUAAAACUUCAUGAUUCAUUUAUGAAAACUAGAUGGAUCUCAUCUGCAGUGCAGAACGAGAGAGUAUAUAGAUGUGAAGUGCUUCUUCAUUUGCUUUGCUUUUGUCAUCAAGCUGUGCACUCCAUUUUGAUCUCCAUAACUCCCAGAAUGAAAUGAGAUGAGAUAUGUCUUUGAAUAGUCUUAUAUAUGGAGAGAUCAAGAAGCAGAUAUAUAUAAGUGUUCACUUAAUGUCUUCUACUUUACAGUGUGGGGCUUUUUCACCAGACAAAGAUUUGUGGCUCAGUCGUUGGUGGACGGGAGCAACUAUCAAUGCAAUUAGUUGUAAUUGAAUUCAGUGAAAUGUAAAUGUAAUUUUGCUAUCUGAAUAAAUAUUUUCAAGUAUAA